AUAUUGUGAAAGUUUCUUCCACAUAUUUUUUUUAAUGCUAGCUUUGUAUCAAACAUGAGACAGAAAGAGCAAGUAGAGUAGCCACCACAAAGCAAUCAUCUUAAACUCAAACCUAAAAACAAACAAAAGACAAGAAUAACUCGAGCAACAAACGUCACUUGUGGCUCAAAUCUUCUUCUUCAUCGUCAUCUGGAUAAAUUCAUCUUUUAUUUUUCUCCCACUCUCUCUCUCACUCUCUCACCUCCCUGCUCCGUAAGAAAUGUCUUUGGACACGGUGGACAAGCUGGUGGUGUUCUUGGCUAAGAGAGAUGGAAUAGACAAGCUUGUGAAAACAUUCCAAUACGUGGCCAAGCUCGCGUGCUGGCACGUUGAAGCUACAAGACCCGACGCGGCCGAGAGGUUCAAGAAAUGGGAGGUCGCGUCCGGUCUUAGCCGCAAAGCCUUCAGGACCGGGAGGUCUCUAACGGGUUUCAAUGCCCUGAGACGAAACCCUGGUGCAACCCCUGUGAUCCGCUUCUUGGCGGUCCUAGCCAAUUCAGGAGAGAUGGUUUAUUUCUUCUUCGAUCAUUUUCUUUGGCUAUCAAGAAUCGGUAUACUAGACCCCAAGAUCGCCAAGAAAAUGAGUUUCAUCUCAGCGUUUGGUGAAUCUUUUGGUUACGUUUUCUUUAUCAUCAUCGAUUGCAUUUUCAUAAGGCAGAGACUCAGAUCCUUGAAAAGACUCCGGACCAACGAUGAACCCAAAGAAGAAGUCAGCGGGAAAGUUAGCGAGAUUCAAGGAGAUAUAGUGAUGAGAUUGAUGGGAAUUUCAGCUAACGUUGCGGAUUUAAUUAUCGCACUGGCGGAAAUUCAACCUAAUCCGUUUUGUAACCACACGGUUACACUUGGUAUAAGCGGUUUAGUUUCGGCUUGGGCCGGUUGGUAUAGGAACUGGCCAUCGUGAGAGAGAUAUCGAAGAAACGUAUCUAUAUAUAUGUGUUGUAACAAACGUGUAACUCACUUGAAUAUAUGCAUAUUUCUAUUUUAUA